AUGGCGCUUCACGCUUACAUGAACAAGUUGCAGGAGGAGUCGCCAACGCCGACCAUCAGCUUCAAGAACCUGAAAUCGCUGGAGAAGAAAGGAUCCUUUGUGCUGUCGCCAUGUUCCACACCCACGACAGCGAGCCCGGGCGUCUCACCGAUUUCAUCGAGAACAACAAGUCCCCUCGCCUUGGAUGAAGUGGAUGAAGACUCGCCCUUCGAAGUCUCUCCAGAGGUAUCCGCCAGUUGGUUCCCUUGGCGCUCGGCGAUCAAGAAGCUUCUUCGGGUCUCAUGUUGCUCCAAGCGCAGAGGAUCUCUCCAGGGUGUGGACCAGGACACCAAGAACCAAAGACCCAGGUUGUCCCGAUGCGACACGACUCCGGUCAGUGACCUGCGCACCGAGAGGUGCCCCCAAGACUCGAAGCCUGCGUUCAACAAGUCCAAGACCGGGCUGGGCACACCGCAGCAGCCCAGUUGUGCCUUGCCGAGCCUCAGACGGUCAAUAUCGUUUGCACGCAUGACAAGCCCAGACGACGAUGCGGAGAAGGAUCCAUCCCUGGCCCUGCAGAUGUACACCGUGCCCUUGCUUACCCUGCUGGAGAUGCGCGAAGCCUUGCCGCACGAGACGCUGAAGGCUCAAGGAAGGCUUCGGAUCUUUUCGCGCAGAUUGGGGAAGGCCGUCUACGUUUCGCACGAGUGGGUGAGCAAGCAACAUCCCGACCCGAAGUUUGAGAAGUUGACGAUCUUGCAGGAUGCAAUGAAGAUGAUCAUGUCUCAGUUGGAGAUCAUCGCCCCGGAUGCCAUCGGAGGACAGCUCUACUCUGGUCAGAGAGGCAUUCAAACCAAGGAGUUCCGCCGCGAGAGCUUGUACUUUUGGUACGACUAUUUCUCGUGCCCGCAGGGCCCGCAUGACCAUGGCACGCGCAAGACCGUUGCCUCCUGUAUUCCGCAAUACAUAGCGAGCUGUGACUUCUUCUUUGCUCUCUGCCCGGCCGUUGUGAGCCCGGAGGGCCACACGCUCAGCCCGAACUCAUGGGCGAAGCGAGGGUGGUGCAGAUUCGAGCGAGCUGUGCGCGAGAUGUCAGGAUCGUGGAUCCUGGUUCAGGGCCCCAAGACCAUGGAGGUGCUUGCCCAGCCGCAGAUCCUCAACAGCUACGGGGGAGCCCCCGGCCAGGGCAACUUCACGGAGGAGGAGGACAAAGCGAUCCUGGCGGAAGUGCUGCCACAAGUGCUCCGCGACAAGUUGAUGUCGUCCUUGAGGGCUGGGGACGUUGUGGCCUAUCGGGUGCACCUGAACCUGCAGAGCGUGCUCCUUAAAGGCCUGAACCUUGCAGAAGGAGACAAGCACCUCUCCCUUGUCCCAGGAUUUGAGCCGGGCGCGACAGAUGAUGGAGCGGAGCACUUUCUGUUUCAGAAUGGCUUUCAAAGCUUCCAGGAGGUCGAUGAAGCAGGAUGGUCGCCGCUGUGCUACGCCAGCCUCAGUGGCGACUUGCGGGUGGUGCAGGCUCUGCUCGGUCGACGUGCUGAUCCUGACACCCAGACAAGCAAGCCACAAGUCCUUGUGAACCUGACGGCAUGGAAUCCCGUGUCCUCCAUCUGUGCCUUUUUCCACCAGAAUGCAGCUCUGCGGCUGCUGAUUGAGGCAAGGGCCAAGGUCGACUCCGGGUGGAACCCACCCAUCUCGGCAGCCGCCACUACCGACAAUGCAGAGGGCAUCCGUGUCCUCUGCGAAGCUGGCAACAGCCCGACAGCCAAGAAUUCCUUCGGGAUGUCCCCGUUAGAGAUUGCUUCUGGGGCAGGUGCUGUGGCUUGUAUGGACGAGCUGGUCAGCCGCAUACAGGAAGUGGACACGUCGAGGGCGCUUCACUUUGCCAUGUGGUAUCGAGGAGGGGCAGAAGAGGUGAUUUCCAGACUGAUCCGCGUGCGUGCCGACUUGGACGGGCAGCUCCAGGUGCCGGCAGCAUCUCUCCUUUCGAUCAGCUGCGCGAGCCUAAGCCUGCAGCAUCGGCUCGGCAGGGUCUCGACAUCCACUCGCAUCGCCUAUCACAGCUUCGGCAGUACACCGCUCAUGUUGGGUGUUCUCUCUGGGCAGUAUGCAGGGGUAUUGGCUCUGGUGAGGAUGGGUGCACGGCUGGACCUCAAGAACUCUCGCAAGAUGACAGCAUCGGACAUGGCCUUGGAAGUGAGCGCACCGGACCCUGGACUUGGUGAAGCAGCAUCUUCUGUGUUUAUCUUUUUUAUCAAAAAAUUCUAUGCUAUCUCAGUAGUUUGCUUUCCAGUGCCCACCCCGCAACUGCCAUUGAACUGCUGUGAUCAUCAAUGA